AUGGUAAACAAAACAACUGUGACUGGAUUUGUCCUUCUGGGAUUUGCCAGUCUUCGAGAACUACAGAUUCUACUCACUGUGGUUUUUCUCUCAAUUUAUUUAGUGGUCUUGAUGGGAAACUUACUCCUAAUUUUAGCUGUAGCCCACAAUCUCCACCUUCACAGUCCCAUGUAUUUCUUAUUUGUCAAUCUUUCCAUUGUUGAUGCCUGCUACAUUUCAACUACAGUUCCCAAAUCCAUAGUCAAUUCUUUGAUGGACAGCAAGCAGAUUUCAUUCUCUGGAUGUGUCACUCAGGUUUUCUUGGUGAAUCUGUGUGCAGGUGGUGAGCUGUAUUUUCUCACUGCCAUGGCUUAUAACCACUAUGCAGCCAUCUGCCACCCUUUACGAUACCAGCUGAUCAUGAACUGGAAUGUUUGUUUCCAAACAGCAGCCGCUUGUUGGGUCACUUCUGUCACCAUGGCAAUGGCGUAUACAUUGAACACAUUUUCAUUACAUUUCUGUCAGUCCAAUGUUAUUGAACAAUAUUUCUGUGACAUCCCUCAGUUGUUGAAGAUACCUUGCACUGAUACAGCAACUGCUCAGAUCUUUGUUUUUGCCAGUACUCUUAGCUUAGGCUCAUUUUGCUCUAUAAUCAUAUUUGUUUCCUAUGUUUACAUCUUCUCUGCUGUGUUCAAGAUUCAGUCAGCUCAGGCCCAGCAAAAAGCUUUCUCUACCUGCACUCCCCACUUGACAAUCUUUUGUUUGUUUAUAUUCACUGCUUCCUUUUCAUACCUGAGGCCCAAAACGUUGUUAUCUCCAAUUGUGGAUUUGUUGGCUGCUGUUCUAUACACAGUUUUGCCCCCAAUCAUGAAUCCCAUUAUCUAUGGCUUGAGAAACAAAGACAUUCAGUUGGCUCUGGCCAGAGCUUUGACUAAUUUUCCUUGCAUUUCCUGUGUGAGCUUGGAAGAAAUGGACUGGAAACAUUGA